GCGGUGUCGGUCGGUUUGUGUGUGCGUCGUCGAUCGUGACAGCUGUUUUCGACGCGAGCGAAAUGGCUACGAUUGUGAAGUGCAAUACUUGCAAUAUUGUGAUUGACGAGCUGUUAGCAUUUGUGCAAAACAAAAUCUCAGUGAUUGAUGAGGACACCCUUGUCAAAAUAUGUGUUUCUUCAUUCGAUAGUGACCAAAUUAAGCGGUCCAAAUCGUUACUUUUUGACUCACUACCUUCGGAUCGACGCAAAAUAAAUAGAACGAGGAAAGGAAAGGAAAAUCGUGAUUUAGAAGACAUCAUAGCCCUUUAUAAAAGUGUGAGCAUGGAAUUAAUGCCCGUGUUUGUGGCCCGCGACCUUGAAAAGCUUCCACCAGUGACCUUUGACCACCUAGACGUCACAAAACUUCUUAAGGAUCUAGUGCUGGUUAAAACAAAAUUAAGCGCUGUAGAAAACAGUUUUGUCUCAGUUGAGCAGCUAGAUGAAGUAAAGAGGGAAGUUCAAGCCCUAAAAUCAAAGUCGGGUCAAUCAUCUCCGAAAUAUCGCGAUAUGAAUGUAAACCUUAAUAAAAGAGGUGCAUCCACAUACAACAUGGACAGCGGCCCAAUGGGAUUUUCGCACUUCGAAACGACUAUUGCAAACAAUAGCAACAUUUCUACGAGCCCACUAUCGUCAUCCAAACAGAGAGACAGUUCUCCACAUAAGGAAGUACUUUUUGAUACCCCAAAGUCAAAUAUCCGUUGCGAUAGUAUUUCGUAUUCGAAUAUUGUGAGUCAUACGACGCCGAUGACGAAGCCGCCGUGCGAGGGGUGUGAGGAGCGGGAAUCGCCGAAGGAGCUGCGCCCAGCCGUCAGUGCUGUCACUGUCGCGGCGGAAUGUCAAAAUAGCAGUCGAUCGUCAGCUGUCAAAGUCAACUAUGACAUCUCAGGUCAGCAAACACAAACAACAACAUUGGCUGAAACUGAAAUAGCGAGAUCAGAGUCAGACCCAGAGGAGAUUUGGGAUGUACAACGUAAAAAACGCAAAGCAAACUAUAGAUAUAUGGGCAAAACUGGCGCCUGUACUGAGAACAAAGGUAAAUUCAGAGCUGCCGAGGCUAAAGUACCGAUGUUUAUUACGAGAGUACAUAAGGAAACCACGGAACAAGACAUCAUGGAGUAUAUACGGACCAAAACUCGGGAAACUGUGAAACUCGAGAAAAUUGCGUCUAAGAAAGAGAAGAAUUAUAAUGCCUACAAAUUCUUUGUUUCUGAAAUCAAACUUCCAAUGUUCUUGAAUGACGAGCUUUGGCCACAGGGAAUUGUUUUUCGUCGCUUUGUGCAUUAUAAAUAUAGAAACGCUGACGGCCGCAAUACUGAAAUUAAAUGAUAGACACAAUUAAUAUGGUCACUUUUAAUUGCAAGAACAUUAAACGUUCUGUUGACUAUGUAAGACAAUUAUGUAAAACAUCGGCAAUAAUUGCAUUGCAAGAAACGUGGCUGUUGCCAUCAGAUAUUGCUUUCUUGGACAAUAUCCAUGAUGAUUUCGGAUGUACCGGGAUGUCGUCGAUGGAUACGGGAGCGGGCAUGCUGCGUGGGCGACCCUACGGAGGUAUCGCCUUGCUGUGGAACAAGCAGGUGUUCCGAAAUGUGUCGAUAGUGCAGUGUGAUAACCCUCGCGUGUGUGCCAUCAAAAUAGCUUUGGAAGCGAGGUCAGUGUUUGUGUUUAAUGUGUACAUGCCUUUUGAGAACCCUGGCAACCAGUCAGAGUUCACGGACACGCUGAGUCUGGUGAGUGCCAUUAUCAAUAAUGAAAGUGCCGAAGAAGUGUAUAUACUAGGGGAUUUUAAUGCCCAUCCCACUAAAACUUUUUAUGCAGAACUGUCAGCUUUCUGUAGUGAGGAACACUGGACAUGCGUAGACGUUCAAAAACUAGGCCUAUCAUCAGGUACAUAUACCUUUGUGAGUGACUCAAAUGGAUCACGAACUUGGCUAGACCACUGUGUGGUUUCGGCCUCAGUUUUACAAUCAGUUUGUAAUAUUUAUGUUAUGAAUGAUGUAUGUUGGUCAGACCAUAGCCCUUUAGUGGUGGAGUGUAAUUUAAAUUUAAAAAUUAACUUAUGUCAUAAUAAUUUAACAAUUCCACAAAAAACUGCUAAAAAUAAAAUCUUAUGGGGUGAUAGAAACUUAGAUCAAAUUGAGAUGUAUACAAAAAUAUGUAAUGAAAAACUUAACCUAAUCUGUUGCCCUGACGAACUAGUGUGUUGUAGUAAAGUUUUAUGUGAUAAUGAUAAUCAUAAAACUGUCUUGAAAGAACUUUACAAUGACAUAAUAUGUGUAUUAAGUGAGGCCGCAUCUGCCACCUGCAAGCAAUGUUAUCUGAAACCUAAAAGAAAGCCAGUUGUGGGGUGGAACAGGCACGUAAGCGAGGCUCACAGGGAGGCUAGGUGUAAACAUCAGAUAUGGCUCUUGUAUAAUAAACCUAACAGUGGUAGUGUUUAUAAUGAAAUGGUGGAAAGCCGUAAAAUUUUUAAGUCUCGUUUGAAGUGGUGUCAAAACCAUGAAGAGCAGUUAAAAAUGGACAUAAUUGCUUCACACCACAGAAA